AUGGCGCCACCAACGCAACCACUCAACCUUGACGUGGAAGCAAUCUCAGGAAUUGCCGGAUCUAUCUCCAUUGCAUGCUGGGUCGUUGUCUUCAGUCCCCAGAUCAUCGAGAACUUCCGCCGCAGCGCAGCCGACGGCCUGUCCCUCCAGUUCGUCAUCGUCUGGCUCGCCGGCGAUGUCUUCAACAUCCUCGGCGCCGUCCUGCAGGGCGUCCUGCCCACCAUGGUCAUCCUGGCCAUAUACUACACCAUCGCCGACAUAGUCCUCCUCGGGCAGUGCUUCUACUACCGGGGCUUCACCUGGAAGGACGAGGUUGUCCCGCCCGCGCCCAAGAAGAAGAACAACGGCCGCGCGAAUGGUGGUGGCAAUGGCAAUGGCAGUGGCAAUGGCAACCACAACAACGGCCGCGAGCCCGACGAGCGCACGAGCCUGCUGGACCAGCGCGAGCGCCGCGGCUCGGACUGGUCCGAACGCCUGAUCCACGUGAACCCCAUCGUGCCCAUCAACGAGCCCUCCGCGACGCCUCCCCCGCCCGCCUCGACCCUGCAGGCGGUGGCCUGGAACACGGUCGCGGUCAUAAUGGUGAUCGGCGCCGGCGUGGCGGGGUGGGCGCUGAGCCGCGGCUACGGGUCUGACAAGCAGAAGCACGACGGCGGCGAAGAGCCUGCGGGCGGCGACGACGCGAUCCACUUCGACCUGUGGGGCCAGAUCUUCGGGUACCUGUGCGCGGUGCUGUACCUGGGGUCGCGCCUGCCGCAGCUGCUGCUCAACUGGCGGCGCAAGUCGACCGAGGGCCUGAGCAUGCUCUUCUUCCUGUUCGCCUGCCUGGGCAACCUGACCUACGCGCUGUCCAUCUUCGCCUUCGACCCAAAGUGCUAUGGUGAGGACACCGGGUGCGAGCCGGGCGAGGCGGGCAGGGUCUACGGGCGGUACAUACUCGUCAACCUGUCCUGGCUCGCCGGCAGCGUGGGCACGCUGCUGCUGGACAUGGGCGUGUUCGUGCAGUUCUUCCUGUACGACAAGGCCAGGGACGGUGACGAGGAGGACGAUGUGGACGGGAGUGCCAUUGAGGACGAUGGUGAUGAUGACGACCAGAGGAGCAUCGAUGGGGACAGGUGGGACCAGAGGCCGAUCCUCGAGAGGAAUCAGUCCGAGUGGUCUGCUUAG